UGACCAUCCACUCGUCGUUAGUGUUUCCAUUGUACUCUUGUCCAGAUUUCUGCAUCCAGCGUUCUCAAGCUCGAAUGGUGUUUCACAAGUGUCUACGCAGAAGUUACAGCAUUCAAUCUUUCUCACUUGAGCCUUUCUGAGUCAACCCGCUUGGGAGUUUUCGUCCAGAUCAACUCGCAAGUGACUGACUGAUUGCUUCUCCCUUCUGAGCUGUUGCAGAUUGCUGAUGACCGUCAUAUACGUCAUCCUUUAUGGUUUGUUCUUGCAAUGGUACUAGAAACGGAAGAGAGUCCACCUGGAGAUCCAUGGGAAACUUUACCUAUCGAAAUACUCAUCAAAGUUCUCAGAGAUCAUGGUCUGCCAGUUUCCACACUUGUGGAGUGUCGUUUAGUUUCUAAGAAUUGGAUGGGAAUCGUUGAUGGUCCUGAUUUACGCAACAAAAUCUGGAAUAAAAGUGUCAUUGUCUAUGAUGCAAGUACUGACGGCACGGCCUACUUUUGCUGUAGUGAUCAAUGGAUCACAAGGCAUAUUACAUUUGCAUCCAACUUGCUAGUAGCUGCUGAUGGAGGUCUCCUGUGUUUCAAUAAAAAUUUGUCAACAGAAUUUGUUCUGUAUAACCCAGUUCCGGAUAAAUUCUUGACCCUGAAUGUACCUCAUGCAAUACCUACGGUCAUUGAUGGUAUGAUGAAGUAUAUGGUGGUGGGUUUAGUCGUAGACCCAUACACAAAGCACUUCUGGCUGCUUUUGGGAGGAAUUCUACUUCUAGAUGAACGCAGAUCUUUGAUUUACGACUCGGAGACCGAUACAUGGUCGUGGGUCACUCAUCCGUUUCCUCCAUUCAACUACCGCAUGGAAUACAACUGGCGCAGUGUGAAAGGUGUAGAGUGUGAUGGAUUUCUGCAUUGGCUCGUAUGGGAUCCUAGAUACCUGAUAAAGGCUCUCUUGAUGUUUGAUCUGGAAGAGGAGAAGUGGUACGUCUUGUUAGAGAAAGUCGAGAUGGACAAGCCACGCUCCCUUCAGAUGGCUGCGUAUGAAGGACAUGUGUGCUUACUCGCCAUGGAUUGGUUACCUGCCGACGGGGAAUUCGAUUACAGGAGCUAUCGUGGCGCAUUUCUCCGGAAUCCAGUUGUACGGGCAAUGGAUAGAGCUCUGAUCGGGAGAACUCGAGAUCUAUGGGUAGGGGGAGAAGGGAGACCAUUCCACCUUUAUACCGCAGGAGGCAGCGAUGCCUUCUUCGUCUUCGAUGAAGAAUAUGACGACCUCGAGGUGGCGAAAUACUGGGCUCAAUUCGACGUGAUGUUUUUUCUUCCAGACCCUCCUUUUCGCGAAGACCAUGAAUUUCGUUUCUGGAGAAUUCUGCCGCCAGAAUCCCAUGACCCAUGGUGUGCAAUAAUUCCAACGCCCGGAGUAAAUGCAGAGCUUGAGUGGGUAACACAGCCGCAGGAGGAGCUGCUGGAAGAUUCGUGGGGAGAGGAUUCGCCGGAAGCUCAAGCAGGAGGAGAGGAGGUGCAGGAAGGCCCAGGAAAUGAGGAAGCAGUGGCAUUGCCAGGAGAAACAUGGCAGCUUUAGGAGCUCCAAGACAGAUCAGUUUCUUAAUCAUAGGUCGCCCCUGGGCUGUGAACACCGUGUAUGUACAAGGCGUUCAACAGAGGGAUCAUAUUGUGAAUUAGAUCAAAUCACUAUCCGAUAAGCCAAAAGCAUGUGGUUUUCCCGAACAAUACUUAAAAGCGAUUCAUGCCCAUCUAGUAAGGAUAGAUCUCGGUUGUUUCUGAAUGUAAUGACACACUCCAGUGUACGGUGCACGUAGACCUCACCUCAAAAGUUGGUGUCAUAUUUUUCGUGAAGACCUAUAUAAUUUUCUGAUAAACUAUCGAUAGCCAGGAUUGUUUGGAUCUUCAGGAAACUGGAGGCUUUGAAACCUCUGCUUGGGUUACCAUGGUCUUGAACUGUGUUAACAGUCCUCUACUUGAAG